ACAAGGAACCCGGGAAGUAAAUCCGUCUCACGUGUACCCCCACUCACUGACCUCAGCUUUAUGCGUGCUCGGUUGUAAGUCAUUGUGAAGCUCUAAAACAUCACCGAGGUCUUUUCACGAUUAUAAUAUAACGUCUAUAGCCAAAAGAGACUAGUGGCAUAUUUAAAAAUGGCCGAGAUCCAGGAGCUCUCUCCAGACUCUGAACGCGGGGAGACACGACCCCCCGAAGACGAGAUAGAGGGUGAUGAGGAGGACGAAGAGUUGGAUGAAACGCUGUUGGAGAGGUUGUGGGGUCUCACAGAGAUGUUUCCAGAAUCACUGCGAUCAGCAGCUGAAGUAUCCGCACAGAGUUCACUAUCUGUAGCCAAAAAACUUUACAGUUUCUCCCGCUCCGCUCUAUGGGUCGGUACUACUUCCUUUAUGAUUCUAGUUCUGCCAGUUGUAUUUGAGACUGAGCGGUUACAGCUGGAACAGCAACAACUACAACAGCAGAGACAGAUUUUGUUGGGUCCGAAUGCUGGCAUGUCUGGAGGAAUGCCUGGAAUGAUGCCCCCUGCUCCUGGGAAGCUGUGAUGAUGUAUAUAUUGUAACAUCCUUAAGUUGUAGAAGAAGAAGGGGAAAGAGAGAGGGAGCAGGAACCGGAGAAAGGAAGAUGCUGUGGUUGGUCAACAUCAAGAAGUUGUUACUUUGUAUAGUUUCUGUAUACAAUGGAGACCUUGAUGGAUUUUAUGAACUUCCCUCUCUUUCUCUGCCUUUCUCACAGAAACAUUCUGCAUAGACUGUCAUCCAAGCUCUGAUCUUUAACUUUUUUUUUUUUUUUUUUUUUUAAUUAUAGCUAUCUAAUAACAUUUCUUUCAGAAAGAGACUAUAACAGCUGUUGAGGGAAAUUUUGACUGUGUUGUAGGUGCAUUAUAUUUCUAAGAGAGAGUUUAUGCUGUCAUUGUAACACCGGAUCGACACUGAUGUGCAGAGAAUCUAUAACAGCGGUCAAAAGAUCUGUUGUAUAUAUGAGGGUACGCAAGGCCAAUAUUGAUUGUGAAAUUUUCUUAUUUUUAUGAAAUUUUCUUUUUUUAUGGUUGUUUCUUGUUUUUUUUUUAUUCCAUAAAUGUUAAAAACCUUUAGAAGAGGUUCUCUGCCAACAGUGUCUUUUAAGGUGAUGAUAGACUAGGCAGCUUUUUUGAGCAAUGUUUCUUGGGCACUUUCCCAUUAAGAAUGGGCAACAAAUGUCUAUCUGGAUACUCUAGAUCAGUCAUGUGCCUGUGUCUCAGCUGGUUGCCCAUUGCUCAUCAACAUUGCUCACAAAGUUGCCCUGUGUAUCAUCACUUUUACAGGUAGAACUAUUAUCAUGCAAAGCUUCUGCAAUGUUAUUCUUCAGACAAAAGCCAUAGAGUGUGCAGAACCAUUGUGAAAUAAUAAUAAAAAAGGUAUGUUUCAAAACAUUAUACUUUAGUAAUAAUAAUGUUUACUCUACAUGACAGGAAUAAAAACAAGUUCUCCAGUG